AUGCGUUUCUCAGCCAUCCUGGCCACCAGCUUGAUGGGCCUCGCUCUUGCGUCCCCGGCCCCUACGCCACGUGAUGAGAGUGGCCUGGUAUCUGGGUCACCGGGAAGCCCUUCCCAGACACCGGCCGACUCUGGUGCCCAGCCUACUUCAUCAUUGAACUCCGAUUUACCGACGCCGAGGUCAGGCAACGCCGAGGAAGAUGAUCCUUGCCCUUCUGAGCUAGAGGCCUGGAAGCAGUGCUGGGAUGAGAUCAUCGUGCAGAGCGAAGAGAGCAAUCCGGCAGACGGAAACGAAGAGAACAUGCCGACAGAAGAACCCCAAAAGACCAACAAAAACCUCCGACGGGCACGCAGAGGACUCUGCGAUGGCGUCGAGGAUCCUACCCAAUGCUUCAAACUCUUGCCUAGUUGCUUGUUCCCGAACAAGGGUCUCGAUGGGACACGUAACUGUAUCGACGAAAAGCUCCAAGCGGCCAAGGGGAACAACCUGCGACGGGCGGCGCGUGGCUCAAAGCUGAACUGUGACGCCUUUAACGGCGACUUUGGGAAGUGUAGACGGGAAUGGCACGGCUGCCUGUUCCCCAACAAGGGUCUCAGAGAGGCCGAGAAUUGUCUCCAGGCGGGAGGAAAAGCAGCCUAUAAGGCGUUGAAGAAGUCAGCCCAGACUUCGAAAUCGAUCGAUCGAAAUUUCCGAGCCUGA